AUGGAAAGGAGGGAUCUAUAUGGUGAUAGCAAAACACAUUUCUUCGUAUACUGGACGACUGAUAGGAAGAAUGGAUGUUCUAACUUGGAUUGUGACGGCUUUGUACCUGUAAACUUGGCUACUAUUACUCCUGGAGAUACUUUGGAGCCAUCUCAUGGACACAUGAAUAUUACAUUGAAGAUAUUUAAGAGUAAAGAAGAUGGAGAUUGGUGGCUACACUUUGGACAUGAUAUCGAUAAUCUUAGCCCAGUAGGGUAUUGGCCAAAAAGUCUUCUCAAUGGCAUGCAAGACCAUGCCGACGAUAUAGAAUGGGUAGGAAGUACUUUUUCCUACUCUGGGGAGAUUAGUCCACCGAUGGGCAACGGGCACUGGCCAAGAAGCAAUUCAGCAGCAUCUUUUCGGAAUGUUCAGUAUAUUGAUAGGAAUGGUAAAGGCUAUGAUCCUCCUAUGGGUAGUCUUCAUGCUUUUGAGAGCCACAAACAAUGCUAUCGGACUGGUGUAUUUCAGCUUCAGGUCCAAGGCAACAUGUUCUACUAUGGGGGCCCAGGUGGUUGCACUGGUUAAUUAGAUUAAUUUUGAAUGACAAUAACUCCAAUCUAGCUUGUAUUUCAAAAAUAAUCUGGUGAAAGAAAUUGCUUCAGUUAAUCUGAUGUUUCGUUAUGUGCCCCCUUUCAAUGUAUGCUCACAGUUAUAUGCAAUUCAAUUUCCAUAUAGCCUAUACGACAAAUGCUCGUUAGAUUAAGAUAAGAGAGUUAUCACAUUUCAUAUGCAAGUGGAUAUUCCGCAAAAAGAAGUUUUUUCAUGAAUGUUGUGAUGUCAGUGAGGUUAGAAAUCAACAAAGGGAUUUCUUUUCAUGGUGAGGUGACAAAGAUUGCUUGUCGUUUUCAUUAAGAUUGGAAGCGAGAAAUUUAUAGGAAGAAAUACAUCAGGGCUUAACCACCUGCACAAAAACAUAUAAACUUAUUCUUCUAGCCUACCCGCGGCUAGUUGGGCAGCAUUUCACAAAUCAACGUCAUCGAUUCUAAUUUCUAAGGUUUUAUUUUUUUCAAACUAGAUGCCACUAUCACGAAUCCAAUCCUAUAAAUGUCGAUAUUGUUUGCAAACUGGAGCAGCUCAAUGAGCAACAAUUAAAUCGCCCAUUCAAUCGACUAAUCCUAAUUGCAAGGCUUCGAUUAGAAACGCACCUGUUGCUCAACUAUAUCGGAUAGUUCUUGUGGGCUGCGAUGUAUCACCGUGUCGCUUCGCCAUCAGAGCUCAGGCGGACGGUCGGAGUGGGCAGCGGGGCUGCUAGGGCACGGCGGCAGUGGGACUGCAACGGGAACGGCGGCGGCGACUGGGUGGGGAUGCGGCUGCCUGCUCAGGGUUGGGCUAUUUUAGGAAAAAUAAAGCGAUAGCUCACCAAGCCCAGGUCCCACUCGUCAUAAGCGGUCACGACCAUGGUCCACCUGCCAAUCGCGGCCCACAUGUCCAAAGAACUGAGGCCCCACACGUCAAUAACUGAGGAGGUAACGGUCAACUUCAUUGACCUGACGGCAAGGGUCCAUUUGGUCUUUUAAUGGGCCGAGUGGUAGAAGGCAAAGGUGAGGAAAGUUAGAUGCUAUGGGCAAAACUGAGCACAACUAAGGAAGGAGGGGCACAGAAAUAGAAAUCCCAUUAUGGAAUAAUCACUUUGGUAGCUAAUU